UUUGAUGAGAACCACUCUUGCUUGCACAUGACUUCCUGCAGCAGGAGCCCCCUGUGCAUUUUCCACUUGUCUAUGCUGCCAUCCAGGCUAGAAUCUCUCCACUCAUCCAGCAGUGGAUAGACUCCCUGGACAACUCCCUGUUUGCCAUGGUGAUGGAAGAAGUCACCGCUCUUUGCUCUCAGCCUGGGGACCUCUUCAUGAAUUUGUGCCAGUCUGGAGUGAGAACACAGGUGAAAGUAGGACAUCUGCUGUGAUCCUGAGUUAAAAGGUAGAAGUCUCACUUAUUUUGCACAAGGAGUUCUCCCCUCUACCUGCUCUGUGCUGGGCCUUGGACAAGCAUCUGGAGAGCACUGCCAACUGUGGAACCUCCCUCCGGCAGCAAGAGCCUCAUACCAGCCAUGACAGUGCUGCAGGGCUGACAGACAGGACUCUAACUCUCCUCUGCACACUAAGCAGGGCUGUUGGGUUUAGAGCCAGUCCUGUGUGGCAGAGUCUCAUGGCUACUUUAGCCCUUAAACAGAGGAUCUGCUCUGCCCCAAACCCUACCUGAUCCCUUCCUCCAUCGUGUAUCCCUUGGCUGCUGACCCAGCCUCAGAAGAUGGAUGGUCCAGUGCUAAGCUGGCUGUUGAAUCACUCCCUUCUCCUUCCACUGGACUCUGCUCAAUAUCCUGAGCUCAGACUUGACCCGCUCGACAGGAAAGGCUCCUGCCUGCAGCUGGCUGCCAUGAGGAAUGUGAACAUCAUCCUGCAGCACUACAACUUCACAGGCAAGCUAACCAACCGGCAGUCUGAGGACGAGGGCAUGGGUCUCAUCCGCACAAUCUUCGUCGUCAUCAGCUGCAUCAUCAUCCUGGAGAACCUGCUCGUGCUGCUGGCCAUCCUGCGCUGUCUGAGAGCCCGCCGCUGGGUCUACUCCUGCAUUGCCAGCAUCACUGUGAGUGACCUGCUUGCAGGAAUUGCCUACCUCUCUAAUCUCUGCCUCUCAGGCAAGAAGACCUUCCAGCUUUCACCUCAGCUCUGGUUCCUGCGGGAAGGCAUCCUGUUCAUUGCGCUGGCUGCCUCCACCUUCAGCCUGCUCGUGACAGCCAUCGAGCGUUAUAGUGCCAUGGUGAGGCCAAUUGCUGAGAAUGAAGCCAGCAAGACCCUGCGCUUACGCAGCCUCAUCAUUUCCUGCUGGCUGCUGGCCUUCGUCAUAGGAUUGCUCCCACUGCUGGGCUGGAACUGCCUGUGUGACUUCAGUGCCUGCUCUGUGCUCCUGCCUCUAUACUCCAAGAACUACAUCCUUUUCUCUGUAGUCAUGUUCAGCAUCAUCCUCCUGGGGAUUAUUGGCCUCUACAUCUCCAUUUUCCAACUGGUCCAGGCCAGUUCUAAGCAAACCAGUUCUCGGCACAGCCGCAAGCGUUCCCUGCGCUUGCUUAAGACUGUGCUGAUGAUCCUGGGUGCCUUCAUCAUCUGCUGGAGUCCCCUCUUUGUUCUGUUGCUGUUUGAUGUCUUCUGUGAGACCCAGACCUGCACACACCUCCACAGCCUGGACUGGACCUUGGCUCUGGCCUUGCUUAACUCAGGCGUCAACCCCAUCAUCUAUUCCCUGAGGAGCGUGGAGGUGCGCCGUGCUGUGGGAAGCCUGCUGUGCUGCUGCUGUGUCAGGGCUGGGCUUUGCCUGGGAAACUGCAUGGUCAUCACAGAUAUCAACUCUGGCUCAUCCACAGAGAGCUCACUGCGCUACCGGGAGAGUUUCCGCAGCUCUGUGGCACUGAAUGCUAGGCCCAGAGCACCUCUCUCCAGCAACUCCAGCAUGAUGAGCAAUCUCCCCAGCCUCUGAGAGGCCAUGGGAAGAGCAAGAGGUGCCAGAUAGCUCCCAGGACCUCAUUCUGCUGGU